CUCUCCUUGAUCCCUGAUAUCUACUUCCCAUUGAGUCUUCUGAAGCUCGGCGAUUCUGCAAUCCUUUCCGACGUGCCAUCCUCGCGAGACGCCCUCGAUCCGGCUUUACGACUGACUCAGCGCCAACCAUAGAGCCCAGACCCGCCUCUGCCAUCACAGCAGGUAGCGUUGCUGGAAGUUUAGAUAGGAUACUUACGCCAACAAAGGCGUUGCUGUCCCGUACACGAAACGUCACCAUUCCGAACAGAGAAUCGCCACCCUCACCGUCAAGACUUGAUUUCGAAAGGUAGUCAGCCGGGCCAACAGUUCGCAGGUCUUUUUUUCCGUCCAUCCGACUUGAUUAUAGCUGUAGCUCGACUGCCUAUUUUGAAUCUCAUCAUCGUAAGUGCAGUGAAUCGUUCAUACACGCGACAUGUCGCUUCUGAUGUUGGUCUCUUUCGGAUCGAUCAUGGGGUUGGAAGCCGAGUCGAGAAAGAGCCGAGGACGAGAAUGAGGAUGAAAACAACACCAUGGUGACUGGAAGGCAUGGUCAGCACGGCAGUCAAAAUUGGGGAAAUAUGGGGGAGGGUGCUUUACCGCAAAGGGAGGAUCCAGGAAACAAUCGAGAUGUCGCAAACGACACAAUAAAGACUGUGGUUCCAACAAGGUUUCCCGACCUAUUUCCAUCCAACGAGACGAGACGCUGGAGUUAUCCUUGUGAAACCGACAGUCUGGUUCUGGCCGAAUGUCAAGGCAACGCCGAUGCGCCUUGUUCGCAAAACGGCAAAGGCUGGAAGCCAAGAGGAAGCAAAGAAGAAGAAGCGAGGCGACGUCAAUAUCCGUCUCUUAGACGUGCUUGCUGCACAGUCAUGUUGCAUGACAAGGCUUAUCGACCCAAACGACAACGGCGGCGUCAUCCAACCACAGUAACCACCACCUACAAAGCAAAGAGAGGGGCCCAGGGCAUGAACAGACGGGACCUCACUUCACCCCACGCAAGCAACAACCAACAGCACUUCCUAAAAGACACAAACACCAAACUGCCAGCUUUCACAUCCCACCUCCUUCGCCAGCCAAAGAGUCUUCGCAACUUCGGCUUCUGUCAAAUCAGCAAAUUAUAGCGACACACGACCAUCAAAGAACAUAGCCCUUUCAUGAUCAGGGUCUUGGUCGUUCAAGGCGCCCCCCUUCCGUGUGCCCAAAAGAAACAGCGCCGGGUUCAACAAGGCAUUGCCACCCAAAUUCCCGGCCCGUCGAAAUUCACCUGGACCAGUUCAGACAAACACAUGAUAAUCCUCGCUGCCACAUUGCCCAGGAUCAGCAGAGCCAGUCAUUAGCCACAUCGCCUCAUCUCGCCUCGACCCAUCUCAUUUGCUCGUGUCUCUCGGUUUCAGACGAUACUCCUUUCUAUAACACAAUCCUUCUCCAGAACUGUACUACACAAGAUAGACCAUACCUCUACACCAGCAGUCAUGUCUUCACGUCCGCGCCGCUCAGCGGCCCAGCGCGCCAACGCUUUGAUUACUGAUCUGAUCCAUUCCGACAGAGUAACCCCCGAGCGCACCAUGUCAUCAUCCCGAUCAACCACUGCGCGCCGCCCACCCUCGUCUCCAGCUAGUAGCCGGAGUGACGCCAACGGCCAUAACAUGUUGACUGUCAAGGUACCCUCCAACAAGCUACGAGAGGCCACGAGCGGCAACUCCAGCUCCGGCAUUGCGGCUAGUAGGCGUAACAGGCCAGGAGCCAAGAAGAGCUACGUUGUUGAGAGCAGCGAGGACGAGGACGAGGAGAUGGAGGAGGAAGAGGAGGAGGACGACGAGGAAGUAGAAGAGGCGGACGAGAUUGAAGUUAGUAACAACGCGCCCGUGUUGGACGACGACGAGGAGGAGGAGGAGGAAGAGGAGGAGGAGGAGGAGGAAGAUGAUGGUGAAGACGAAGAUGUGGACGUUGAUGAAGAUGGCGAUGUCGACAUGGACGACACACCUACUCGACCCACCAUCAUGGUUUCCAAGGUUCAAGCAACAGCAUCGCCCAACAAAGCGAAAGUAACAGCAAAGGUACCUUCUAGCUCCCCGACGACGAUCAAGGCUGCUCCCAAGACAAAUUACUACGAUGACGAUGACGACGACGAACUCAGCGAGCUCGAGAGCGAGCCCGAGGAUCCAGAACUGGAGGACAUGGCUGCGGCAGAGGACGGUGCGGAGGAAGCCGAGGAGGAAGAGGACGAAGACAUGGAUGCCGAUGGCGACGAAAUUGAGGUUGCCGAGGAUGACGCUGAAGCAGAGGAAGUCGAGCUGGAUAGCGAUGAGGAGGGCGGCAGUCGCGGCGGCACGCCGGAUAUAUCCAAGAUGACGGCUCGUCAGCGAGCCAAGGUUGGCGUUGCGUCUCACGAGUACAUGAAGCUCUCGGACGAAGUUCAAGCCAAGAAGGUUUUUACAGCUGAGGAGCUAUCAAUGAGAAGGGCCGAGAUGGCCCGCCGUAGGAGGAACCUCAGCGAGAAGCGUAAUGAGGAGGUGAAGAUGGAAACGAUCAACAAGCUUCUGAAGAAACAGGCGCCCAAGACCAACCGUAAAGCCGCCCUUCUAAACGGCGACGAGACUCCGGCAGGCGAUGCCGAGCCGCCCAAGGCCGACCCCACCUUUGUCCGCUGGAUCAACAACAAGUCCGGAAGUAGGAUUGCCGUGCCUGAAGACAUGCUGGCUGGUCCUGUCGGUCAGGUGUUUACUGGGGGAGUGAAGAGGAAGAUGGUCGAGGAGGUUAUCUGAAAUUAUGUCUGGUGUUGUUAGAGUAUAGUUUUGGGAUUGUAUCCGUAUGAUCAGAGGCGUAAUCAGGCGCUCGGUUGUAUUCAUCGGGAAAAUGGCAGGGAGAAUGCUCACAUUGGAAGUCGGCAAGAAAAAAGACAUUAGGAUACAUACCUCUCGGUCAAGGACCGCAGUUUUAGGUUGCAGAAUCAACUAUGGCAUUUCUCUC